AUGACUAGCGGAAGAAAUUUGAAAUGUUGUUCCAAUUUAUUUUGUGCUGUUUUAUUUCUCAAAACUUGCGUCGUUAUCACAACAGUUUACGUUCUGUUUAAUUUUCAUUUUAACCGCGAAAAGAGGCAUUUUUCCGUUCAACCCCUGGCAAGAAGUUUAACGAAUUGGACACGUGGCUAUUUGGAUAGGUACUUUGAGCGCUCUACAAGCAAAAACUCAACGGGAAUACCUAGCAAAAGUCAUAAGAAAGUACUAGUACUAGUAGGUUUCAACGCUACAAAAAAAAGAAGAGUUAGAAAGAGGAAUAAAAGAAAAGAUGGAAAGAAGAGAGCGAUCAUUUUUGUCGGUAUCAUCAGCGCACCGCAGUUGAUAUUUCGAAGGAAUGCGUUGCGAAGAAGUUGGUUAAAACAAUGUAAAAGAAAGGGAAUCCCAUGCUUGUUUUUCACAGAUAGUCAAGACAUGUAUGGCAAUAAACUACCAGAUCAUAUCAACGUUCCAUUACAACAGGAACAAUUGCUCCACGGAGAUUUGAUCCAAACACAAAGUCCCGGGGGUAUCAACUUCGCACGGCGUUAUCUGUGGAUAUUGAAUUGGGCAAAUGCGCGGUAUAAGUUUGAAUAUUUCUUGCGCGUCGAUGACGACUACUUUGUGUGCAUGGAUAGACUACUGCUUGAGUUGCCGCAUCGGUCACGAGAGAAAUUGUAUUGGGGUCAUGUGCAUUGCAGUCCAGCAGGUAAUCUUUUUAAUUUAACAGCUUUAAUUUGGCACGUAGAUAACUAGACAAUAUCCUACAGAACUUACAUAGACAAUUAAAUUAAACAAGAAUAUGGAGAAACACAAACGAGACUAGGUUCCAUGCAUGGUGCUCACCACUAGAUGAGACAGUAAAAAGAGCAAGAAAUACACUGAAUAGAAAAGUGGAAAGUGAAUGGAAAGCUAGGAGCACAAACAGAUGAUGAAGAGACGUCUAGGAGUAUGACCAUUAUAGUGGACCUCUGCCUCUGGAUAAUUAGGCCCUCUGAGGCAGGAAUCAAACCUGUGAUUACAUUUAGAUUAAUCGAGUGAGAUGCGAAAAAUCCAUACAAUAAGUGAUAUACAUUGUACUCUAAGCAAAACAGUUUAGUAAAGGUGCUUUCACACUAAGCAACUUGUCUCGGAACUUGUCUCGCAAUGUUAAGAAAGAGGAUUUCAGCAUUGCAUUGCAUUGCAGUUAGGGAUGUUACACCAAGCAGUAUGUCCCAUGCAACUUGCAAUGAUCACAGUUUAAAAACCGCGAUUGCUAACGUUUGGCGCCAGAUUGACAGUCAAAAGCCAACAGGAAGCUAUUCAGUGUAUAAACAUUGCGAGACUAGUUUUCAAGAGAGAUGUUACAUUGUGCAAUGCUUUAAAAAUACGUUCCAACGUUGCCGCAAUCGUUGCAAAAAGUAACCUGAUUCAACUUCGUGCAAUGGUUGUUGCAACAAUAACAUUGCGAGAGUUGUUGAUUGCGAGACAUGAUAUACACCUUGCAAUUUAGCGUGCAACUUGCCUAUCGCAACAAAAUUGCGAGACAAAUAGCAUAGUGUAACAGCGCCUUUAGAUAUAUCUCUAACAAGGUUUGAUUUCCCCCACAGGUGGUAUCCGAGUGGAUGAAGGGUUCGUGAUCGUGAGCAAUGACCUUGCACAAACGUUCCUACGUGAACAGAACAAGACACUCAUGUGCCACGCAUACGGCGAUCAGGCCAUGGCCAUGUGGAUAAACAACAUUCCGGGAGUGACUUAUUUCGGAGACCGUAGGGUACAUCAUGCCGUGGCUGCGAGAGACCACAUCUUACAGUACUAUGAUGAUAUCUGCGGAAAUUUCUUAGCCCUGCAUGGAAGCUAUCCUGUUGAGGUUGAGAAAUUCUGGCUGCAUUCUUUGUCGAAAAGGAAAAAGAAAAAGUACUCGAUCCCCGGUAUUACAUAUCCGUGUGGUACUAUGGACAAGACUUUCAACUAUACGAGCUUUAGGGGAACGUAUAAUGCCAAGCCGAAACCUUGUAGAAACAAUCCGAUAUGGAAUAUAGCAGGGUUUUAUAGGGGUAGAAAUGGACAGUAG